CGACCGACCCUCCAAGAGCAGGCCAUGCGGAUCAGCCACGCAGGAGGCGGUUCGCCUACUGGCAACAGGCUGAGCGAGACAGCGUACGCACCUUCUUCAACAUCAUGUUCUCCUGCCGGGAGCUGUACCACGACUUGCCCCAAGCCAUGAGCAAGUGGUGCCUUGUCGACAGCGUGUUUUCGGAGCCCAUCACAUUCUUCGACGAAGACAGCACCAGGUUGCUUGGCCUUGGACAGCCCGCGUCGCGCGGCUUGCAGCCUGCCGAUGCACACGCGACCACAGCACACGAUGUCACCUCCGACCCUGCUGCCGCGCCAUCCUUGGCUGUGUGGCUGGAGCACCGCUUCCUGGCUUACAGCUGGCUCGGCGCAACCUGGCACAGCGAUUGCCGUUUCCUCAUCAGGUUGGCCACCACACCUCCGCUUCUUGGGCACGGGUUCUCGGAUGUCUUUGCCACUUGUGGCCGUGUGCGCUUUCGUGACCUGGAUGCUGUCAGCCUAUGGGCCAACGCGCCAGAUCGUGGGGGGCAGCGUGCAGACACCUCCUCGACAGCUGUGUUGGCAGAGGCCACAGCCAUGGGCGAUUCCGUUUCCGCGAGCAGCACCACCCCUCAAGUGGUGCGAGAAGACCAGCAACACCAGCAACAGCAGGAACAGCAGUCUGUGCAACAAGACCAGCAGCAGGAAGACCUCCAGCAGCAAGACCAGGACGACCGAAAGGACCACCACCACCAGCAGCAGCAGCAACAGCAGCAGCAGACUGUGCUUUGUCCAGCCCUGUUCUUUCUCGACGCACAACUUCAAAACCAAGAAGCAGCCGACAUAUGGCACGAGCUUCGCCUCACCGCACUGGCCGGCACUUUACAAUACAACGUGACUCUGCGCGUCGACGAACAGCUUGCUUUCCUCGCGGCCUCCGAUAUUGACACGCUCCGCAUCGAUGCCGCCAAUGCACCCAUCGACACAGUCGCCUUCAGCAACGUGAGGCGCUUGGAGUUUGCGCUGCACAACACCAUGGAAGCAAUUCAUGGCACAUUCGAGCAGGUACACUGUGUUGCUCUCCAGAGCUGGCCUCCCAUCGGACUUGGUUUUCCCUGGGCUAGGAUUCCACAGGUCGGCGAGGAUCAGAGAAGUCCAUUGUGCGAUGCCAGUGCGCUGGCAGGUAUUCCCCACGUCGACCUGUCGAGGUGCCGAAACCAGAUGGACCUCUCCCCACUCCACGGUGUGCGCAAGCUGCUGCUCUCCGAGUGCCUGUCAACAAACAUCCAGGCUGUGGUGGCAGCGGCUGAUGACCUCGUCUUUCGCAGCGCUGUACUCACCGGCAACACCCUUGCCGCCACGCGUGUGGAACUCGGCACUGCGCGUGCUGUGCCGCUUGAUCUGGACCUCCCCAACGCCACCCACAUCAGCCUUGUGGGCCCACGCGGCGUGAUACAGCUUACGUGCCCGCCGUAUCUGCGCCUGCUGAGGGACACACGCAACAUGUCCAUGCACGAACUCCGCCUGCCCGCCUUUGAGCAUGCCGUGCAUGUGGAGCUCUCAGUGGUAGACCUGGUGCGCCAGCAGCUCGCCGACCUUGGCCGCCGCGUGGACAGACUGGUGCUGCGGUGCUCUGGCCAUUGCCGCAUCGAAGAUCUCCGUGACAUCCCCGACAGCGUGCACGUUGGCCUUGAGGCGCAUCAGGCUGUGAACAUUGGCGCCCCGGUACCGCCGUGCGUGCAGGAGCUGCAGUUGCUCUGCAACGAGACGUUUCAGCCGCGCUUCGUGACCAGUGUGCCGCACCUUCGGCUGCAGGCUGAGGCCGGCGCGUACGUCCGUGUUCAUGAUAUCCACUACCUCUCGGGUCGACAGCACCUGCACCUUGAGCGCUGCAAGUUGGACGGCAUCAUUGCCGAGUGCGAGCAGCUUGUGCUGGCUGACUGCUCCGGUGCCGUCACCAUCUCCUCCACAGCAUGUCUGACGGUUGUGAACGCCGCCCGAACCACCUCCCGGCCACACAGCCCAGACCACCCACUGCUGCUGCGCUCUAUCACCGACGUGUCCACGUGCCGGCUCGAGGGCUGUCACAUUGGCAGCUUCUCCUGCUUCGACAGCAUCCAGCGCCUCAUCCUCAACAACUGCGAAUUUGAUGAUGUGAGCAGCCUUCCACACGUCACCUCGCUCGUGCUUCGCGGCUGCAGGAGCACCGGCAAUGCUGGCAACUGGCAAUGGCCUAACGUCGUGAUGGUGCACCAAUCACCCACGGAAAUGGCAGCCACGCUGCAGACAAGGCGUACCGCCGAUCGCUCGGAGUAACUUGUGUGUGUGUGUGUGUGUGUGU